CUAAAAUGUAACUCAAACUGUGAGCUCAAGCUAUUUCAGAUCUUCCUCGGAGGGAGUAUUCAUACGGAAAGCGGUGUGAAGAUCAUUCAUGACGAAGAGUUGAAGGCGAGUCUGCUUGGUCCCUUCAGUACAAAUGCAGCGGAAGCACCUCCUGCACGAUACGUGAAGGGAAAACGCGUCGAAGGUGGACCCCAAAUGCUGCAACUAAGCCUUGAUGGGAAACGUCUCUAUGUGACGAACGUCUCUCUAUCGAAAAUGGGACGAACAAUUCUACCCAAACCUCAUAAACUCUUUAGAAAUGGAGCAGUGAUGCUCCAGGUUGACAUAGGAGCUGAAGGCAAAAUGACUCUGAACGAGGAGUUUCUUGUGGAUUUCGGCGCCAUGGAAGGAGGGCCUUAUCUUGCCCAUGAGAUGCGCUAUCCUGGUGGAGAUUGUACUUCUGACAUUUGGUUUUAG